UGAUAUGAUGGCACCCCAAAUGUUUGUUAUGAUGGCAUAGUGUGCCAUCAUAUCAAAUGGAUCUGAAAUCUGUAUUUGGCAAUGUGCUUUGGUUAAUGGUGAUGUUUUGGUAAUUGGUGAUGGUUUUUCACAGGGUUAGUGCGAUUAUAAGAAUAAGAAUAUAAUUCAAGAAAUGCCAAAAUUCAAGCCUCCAAGUAUCAAACCUCGCCAAGCGUGGAGUGAAGAAAACAUGCGGGAAAUUUGCUAAACCAAGGCCAGAAAACAAGGUACUACUUUUAUUGGAUGGUCACACGAGCCACAAACAUCUUAGUGUUCUGCAAAAAGCGAAAGAGCAUGAAAUCGUAUUAUUCUGCUUUCCGGCUCAUUGUACCCACAGGUGCCAACCUCUGGACAUCGGAUUCAAUAAUAAUAAUAAUAAUAAAUGGUCUUUAUUAAAAAAUAAUAAUACAAUUAAAAAAGAGUAAAAAUCAAAUAACAGUACCAAAUGGGCGAAGUCUAGCAUAAGCUAUUCAUACUUAACCCUAUGGUGGAUAUAGUCCAACAGAACAAAAUUUAUAGAUACAGAACAAACUGCGAUAGGUCAAAAACUAAUAAAACCUAAUGAAUUAAUCUCAGAUAUGAAAAUUACAUCUACUAGUACUAAUGCUGUUAAGGCGAAACCUUUUUUUAUGACCAAUUUUGCAAAAUCUUCACCAAUGACUGCUGUGUCUGAUAAUCGAUCUGUGUCAUUUGAUGAUAUCCCAGGACCUCAUAGUCUUCGGCUUAUUUCGAAAUUUUGGGGCACCAUUCCUAUUAUGGGAGCUGAAGUAACCGUUAGUAUUAUCCAAUACUUACUGAGUGGUGGGAAGUUUUUUGGUGGUAUAUUAAGUUGGGGUGGCAAUAAACAUUUUUUUAAAAAAUUUUUUGAUGUUUAUGGGCCAGUAGUUCGACUUCAUGGCCCUUUUGGUAGUGAUGUAGUGUUGUUAAAUAGGCCAGAGCAUGCAAAUGCUGUUUUCCAAAAUGAAGGCCCUUAUCCAAUUAGGUGUUGUUUAGAUUCAGUAGAAAAAUAUCGCCUGGAAUACAGAAGAUUUCGUCAAGCUGGUCCCUUUUUAAUGUUAAAGAUGGGUAAACCAGCAUCCAAAUUUAUGAGGGUUUGUUCACUUCACUUCAAAGCAAGUGAUUAUUGUGCCAGAUAUUUAGGUGUAACAGGUGGAUAUUUGAAGAGGUACUUAAAGAAAAAUGCAGUUCCUUCACAAAAUCUUCCAAAAAAUUCCGUAAUUGAAGGUACAAAGUCAAGAACGAGAACAUUGAGAACGAAACCAAUUGUUCAUUGUGAAAAAUUAGAGUUACUAGAACAUCAUGUCGUAGAAGACGCAGUGCCUAAUGAAGAUGAAGAAAUUUCACAAGGAACGAAGUAUUCCGUGGAUGAAAUAACUACUGCACAAAGCUUACUAUUACUAUGUGAUAAACAAGUUGCAGAUAUGUGUUCAAGUGAAUACCACUACUCCUAGAUGUGUGACAGACCUGAUAAAAACAGAUGGUCAGUUAAACAGUAUGACAGGUUUCCAAAACUUUAAAUUAUUAGAGACAAUAGAAAGGUUAGUUGAGUCGGUAUGUAUUGAUAAACUUCAUCGAUGGUCGACUCGUUGGACAUUGAGAGACAGAAUUAUUCUAACUUUUUUAAAAUUAAAAAAUA